UGGAGUAGGACCCAAAUGCAGACAGGCAGGCAGGAGCAGCUCGACAAAAUGAGCAGAAAGGAGAAUGUUGACAGUGAAAAUAGUGUUCCAACGCCGGAGGAAUACGACCUAAAGAAAGAAACAUUCAAGAGAACUCCAUUCUCAAAGUCUAAGAAAGUAAAUUCUCACUUUAAAUCCCCUCUUCAAGUAGCGGAAAGUCCUAGAGUGAGUCCUGAAGAGGAGGUGGAAGAACUACAGAGGAAGAACGAGCAGCUGGAUUCAGGGAUCUCACAGCUGGAGGAAGAGGGAUAUAGUGUUGAAGAGCUGGACCAACAUAUUGAUAAGCUGCAUGAAUAUAAUGACAUCAAAGACAUUGGACAGUCGCUUCUGGGACGUAUCGCUGCUCUGAAGGGGACCACCACACGAGAUCUCUACACACGCUUUGGUCUUGAUCUGGAUGACUGAAAAUGAUAGCCUACAAAAUGCAGUUGUGAAUUCCUCAUCAAACCAGUUAAAGAAUAUAAAAGUUAAGGAGAACCAGCCUACUAAAAAGCGGCAUGACUUGGAAUUUUUGGACUAUGUCCGUUUUAUUUUCCUUUUUUAUUAUUUUACAAUGGGAGACCUGAAAAAUGGUGGAGAAAAUUGACAGAGUUCAAAAUGCAUGUUAUUUGAAACAUGCUUGGUAUUUAGGCAUGUAGCGCAUGGCAAGUUACUGCGUAGUGAUUAACAGACUUUUCCCCAGCUCCCAGCUUGUCUAAGGUAUGAGAGAAUAAAUGUAUUUAUGCUGCAAGUUAGAAGGAACUGUUUCAUAUUUGGAGUCACAUAAAGUUUAGAGAAACAUGACAACAUUGUUAAAAUAUUGCAGCAUUUUCUGUAAUUUUCCUGAUGAAUAGACUGUAAUCUGUAACAAAACAAAAUACACAAAGCAUUGUCACUUUGAGAUUCUUAUGCAUUCUUACUUCAAAUGAACAUUAAAUAGAUUUAUUUAAGGA